AUGGAGUUUAAUGCAGGUUCCAUACCUUGUAGUACUCCGUAUGUUCCUCCCCAUUCCACGGUGGAAAAUCUCCGUCUGAAUUACAACUUCACAGACAAAGUGAAUGUGACGUGUGAUGCCAGUGGUUCUACCUUCACCCUUCAAUGUCACAACAAAGGAUUAUGGAGCGGACCCGUUGUAUCCUGUCCACCGCCCGCCCUGCUCGAACCCUCCGCUACAGUUGCUGCUGGCAAAGCUCAAUGCAGUGCCCCGGCGGUGCCUCUUGACUCAAACAUUCAGAAUCUUCGUCUCUCCUACAAACAUCGUGACAUAAUAAAUGUGACAUGUAACGAAGUGACUAACGGGGUUCCUGAAUGGUUCGAAUUGUCAUGUGUCAACGGAAUUUGGAACGGACAAAAUAUAGUCUGCCCUGACCCUGUGAAAGAAUGCAACCAACCAAUCCUACCAGCAGAUUCAUCGGUUAAUACAAUAAGGGCUCGGUACAAGAUUGGUACCAACGUCAACAUCACAUGUAAGAGUGCGUCUGUUUCGUUCGUUUGGAUUUGCGACAAGGAUGGCCUGUGGCGCGGAUCGGUCGUUUGGUGCCCAGUUCCACAACCGCCUAAUGGCGGUGCUGCAGCAGGGAGAUUUGGAAAUAAAGAACCCCAGGAGAAGCAAAAUGGACGAAAUGUCUUCAUCACAGGCCUUCUAGUAGCAGCAGUGAUAAUGUUCAUUCUAGUCCUGAUGUCCAUGGUAGCCUUCUCGAUCUCCGUUAAAGGACGGAGCUUUGGACCAUCGAAACAUUCCUUACAAGAUGAGAGAACUGACCGAGGACCACUCCCCGAGGUUCCUGCAGGGUACGCGGAUUACCUUGUAGGUGAUAAGUCACUGUACACUGCACCAUACUUGAAACCAGACGAGAUUCACCAUAGCUAUGAGACCUACGAGAAACCAAUUUAACGUCACCUGACUCUUCUCUUCAUACUAAAUGAACCAACA